CUCCUCAUAGAAUUACGAAAUUUCAACACGAGAAUAAUGACCUUGAACGUCCUCACAACCAACGCAAUUGAACUACAGCAACUACUCAAACAGGAAAAAUUUACGAGCGCUCAAAUUGUGGCAGAGUAUCUAGCACAAAUCGAUUGCUAUGAGCCCGUCCUCAAUGCCUUGAUCUCACCAGCUCCGCGAGAUCAUGUCCUCGAAAUCGCUAAAACUCGGGAUGAAGAGCGCCGUAAUGAAAAAAUUCGGAGCCCGUUCCAUGGAGUUCCAAUUAUCUUGAAAGAUAAUUUCAUGACAGCGUCUAAUCUCGGCAUGAGUACAACAGCUGGGUCAUAUGUGUUUGAUGGCGCUAAGGUGCUAAAAAACGGAGCUAUUACUCAACGAUUGAUUGAUGCUGGUUUAAUUAUCUUGGGAAAAGCCAAUAUGACUGAGUUUGCUGGUAUGAAGAUGACUAUGAUGAUGCCGGAUGAUAAUGAGACAAUUCUGGGACAUUCUGCGCCUGGGGGAUCAUCUACUGGUUCUGCGGUCGCCGCAGCCGCUGGGUUUAAUCCUCUUAGUAUGGCGACUGAAACUAUAGGUUCUAUAGUUACUCCGUCAAUACGUGCGGGUCUAUAUGCACUUAAGCCUACAAUCGGUACCCAAGAUACUACUGGGUUAUAUACCAUGACGGAGUUCUUUGAUAGUCCAGGUCCUAUGGCAAAAUCAGCAGCUGACGUGCGCGUUCUUUCCGAGACUCUGCUCGGUCGUCUCUUUGAAAAAUCCCAUUCGUGGGAAGGUCUUUCGAUAGGCUUCCUAGACCCUAAGCUUUGGAAUAUGUUGGCAGAGUUUUGUAAACAGUUUGAGGGCACCGCAGAGCAAAUGGUAGACGAGUACGAAGAGAUGGUUGCUAAUCUACGAAGCGAACGCUAUUCUCUAAGAUACCCAGUUUACUGCAAGGAUCCCUCGGUCCUACCGGCUACAAUACUACCAAUCGCAUUAUCAGGAUAUCCUAUCGCCACAGUUCCCAUAGGGCAACUUCGCUAUAAGAGCCGGCCGUUCGGUCUAUGUCUAGUAGCGAGGGCAGACAAGGAGGAGACUCUCUUACAAUUCAUGGAAGAGUACGAAAAGAUAGCUCAGCCUCGACCUGUUCCAAGAUUCUGA